AUGCGUUUUAUUUAUUUAAUUUUGUGUUCAUUUUACUUUGUUAAUAUGCUUUGUAAAGACAAUAAUACUGACAGAUACUUACAGUAUUGUUCUCACCCCGACUGUUCUUUGAAGAAUCAGCAUACCAUGUGUGUCGCUUUCAAUAAGCAGAGCCCGAGACUUUAUGCGUCCGGUAUGACUAAUUGGAUGAGAUAUCAAAUUUUGCUUUUACACAACCGUCAUAGAGACAACAUCGCUAUGGGCUUGGAAGCUGGUCAACCACCCGCCACCAACAUGAGGAAGAUGUAUUGGGAUUACGAACUCGAAGAGAUGGCGGAACUGUGGGCGCGUCAAUGUCAGAAACGUCACGACGAAUGCAGGAAUACUAUUAGGUUUAAUGCACUUCAAAACAUGGACGUGCGUCCCGUAGUUCCUAAAGUUACCGAAGCUCAGUUAUUGGCUGACGCAGUUGGAGCGUGGUUCUCGGGAUCACGGGUGCUACAGUCAGAGCAUGUAUGGUCGUUCAGGCACGGUAACUGUAGCGCCCCCGGUGGAUGCAAUUCUCAUUGGUAUUCAACGGCAGCUUGGGCGUCUACUUGGCGUCUUGGUUGCUCUCAAGCUUUGUGUACUGCCACGAAAAAAUCAUGCUCGCGUUUUCGCAGGAGAGCAACACCGUCAGAAGACUUGACAAACACAUCGACGCGAGUCACCGGCGAGAACAUUUUAAGGAGGACCAGGUACAUGACGACGGCAACGUUUCCGAAGUUUAAAGAUUUCGCGACUACGGUGAGAGUGAAGACGAAGGAAUCGCCGCUGCAUCGAGGUAUUUUGGAGAUGACGAACGUACGUAAAGCAAAUGAUGAACCGAAAAUCGUCGCAUUCACGUUCUGUAACUACGGCCCGGCCGGGAAUAUCGAUGGGUACCCGAUUUACGAAGCCGGUCUGUCAUGCAGUAACUGCCCACAGGGGACGCGAUGCGGGGAUCGGACUCACAGGGCUUUGUGCUCGAUCAUUGGAGACCCGGACCUUCGGAAUUGA